GACAGGCGAUUUCCGGUCCGAGGCGGAAGUGAACGGUGCAGCGGCGAGAGAUGGAGGAGGUGCAGCGGCGGCACCCGCGGCGGUCUCUGAAAAAAUUAAGCGAAGACAGUUUGACUAAGCAGCCAGAAGAGGUCUUUGAUGUGUUGGAGAAACUUGGUGAAGGGUCCUAUGGCAGUGUAUUCAAAGCCAUUCAUAAAGAAUCAGGCCAAGUGGUUGCAAUCAAGCAGGUCCCAGUGGAAUCGGACCUGCAGGAGAUUAUCAAAGAGAUUUCCAUCAUGCAGCAGUGUGACAGCCCUCAUGUGGUGAAGUAUUAUGGAAGUUAUUUUAAGAACACAGACCUAUGGAUAGUCAUGGAAUACUGUGGAGCCGGUUCAGUAUCAGAUCUUAUACGAAUAAGGAAUAAAACGUUAACAGAGGACGAGAUCGCCACAAUUUUACAGUCCACAUUGAAAGGACUGGAGUAUCUACACUUCAUGAGAAAAAUCCACAGGGAUAUCAAAGCUGGAAACAUCUUACUCAACAAUGAGGGCCACGCCAAACUGGCUGAUUUUGGAGUUGCUGGUCAGCUUACUGAUACAAUGGCCAAAAGGAACACGGUGAUUGGAACUCCAUUCUGGAUGGCACCUGAAGUGAUUCAAGAAAUUGGGUAUAACUGCGUGGCAGACAUCUGGUCUUUAGGGAUUUCAGCAAUAGAAAUGGCUGAAGGAAAACCGCCAUAUGCAGACAUUCAUCCAAUGCGGGCUAUUUUCAUGAUUCCCACAAACCCACCGCCAACAUUCCGGAAACCAGAACUCUGGACGGAUGAAUUUACAGAUUUUGUAAAGCAGUGUUUAGUUAAAAACCCAGAACAAAGGGCUGCUGCCACACAGCUGCUGCAGCAUCCCUUCAUUAAAAGUGCCAAACCUGUGUCAAUACUGCGGGAUCUCAUCAAUGAUAUGAUGGAAAUUAAGCUCAAGCGUCAAGAGGAGCAACAGCGAGACUUGGAUCAGGACGAUGAGGAGAACUCGGAAGAGGACGAUGUUGACUCGGGCACCAUGGUUCGAGCAAGUGCAGAGGACACUGGGACCAUGAGAGCGGCCAGCACAAUGAGUGAAGGUGCACGGACAAUGAUUGAGCAUGACAGCUCGACGCUGGACUCUCAGAUGGGGACCAUGGUGAUCAACAGUGGAGAGGACGAAGAGGAUGGAACAAUGAAAAGUAAGACUGUUUCUUUUUGAGGCUUAUUAUUAAUC